UGUCAACUUUGUCGUAUAAUACUGGGAGCUGAACAUUUCGAUCCUUCGCAAAAUUAUAGUAGAAAAAUGGCAGACGAAUCUACGCUGCAUCCCUCUCACAAAAGAUCUUGCAUGUGUCGACCUCUGAACAUACCAAGGACUAAACCCACAAACGAGGUUUACUCCAUAAUGAAAGAUUUUAACGUGACGGACGACGAUUUGAAGAAAUACAUGAAAUUGUUGAUGGCAGAUUUGCACAAAGGUCUAGCCAAGGCAACCCACGCCAAAUCAAUAGUAAAAUGCUACCCUACGUACAUACAAGACCUGCCCUCCGGACAAGAGGUGGGUAGAUACCUCGCCCUAGACCUUGGCGGCACCAACUUCAGGGUCAUCAUGGUGGAUCUCCAGAAGAACCAUUUCGAGAUGACUUCCAGAACCUUCGUCAUACCCAACGAGAAGAUGUUGGGAUCGGGGAAAGACCUUUUCGACCACGUGGCCGCCUGCCUCCACCUCUUCAUCAUGGAACAGAAGCUGAACGACGAGUGUUUACCACUAGGUUUCACCUACAGCUUUCCUCUCAUCCAGAAGGCCAUAGAUCGGGGUAUAAUCGAGCGGUGGACAAAAGGUUUCAAGUGCGACGAUAUCAUAGGCGAAGAUGUGGUCAAAGUGCUACAGGAGGCUCUGGUCAGGAAAGGGAUAAACAAGAACGUCAUUGUCAAAGCAGUAAUAAACGACACGGCUGGUACCCUAAUAGCCUGCGCAUGGAAGAGCCCGUACUGCAAGGUAGGACUUAUAGUGGGAACCGGAACCAACGCGUGCUACGUAGAGAAGCAACAGAACGCAGAAAUGUUCGACGGAGCCAAUCACGGAUCAGGGCUGGUGCUCAUCAACUGCGAGUGGGGAGCCUUCGGAGACGACGGCUGCUUGAACUACCUCAGGAAGCCGGAGGACAUCGACAUAGACAAGGCGUCGAUCAAUCCCGGAAAGCAGUUGCACGAAAAAAUGAUAUCAGGAAUGUACAUGGGCGAACUGGUCAGACUCCUGAUACUGAAGUGCGUCAAAGGGGGCGCCAUUUUCGGCGGCAAAUCCUCCAGCGAGCUGAACCAGAAGGACAAGUUCCUGACGAAAUACGUCUCAGACAUAGAAUCAGAAAAACUAGGAACAUACGACAAGAGCAAGGCCAUACUGGAAUCACUGGGACUUAAGAACAUAACGGAAACGGAUUUUCAAAACGUCAGGUACAUCUGUGAGUGCGUUAGCAGAAGGGCGGCGUUUAUGUGUUCGGCUGGAUUGGCGACGUUGAUAAAGAAGACUGAAGAGAAAAGAGUUACUGUUGGUAUUGACGGUUCGGUGUAUAGGUACCACCCACACUUCCACAAUUUGAUGAUGGAAAAGAUGAAGCAAUUGGUCACACCAGGUGUGGUGUUCGACCUGAUGCUGUCUGAAGACGGUAGUGGAAGAGGAGCAGCCUUAACAGCAGCUUCAGCAUCUUAAGUAACUUCUUAGCGUCAACAGAUAAAACAUCAAAGUGAAGUGGAAUUUCGACUUUUUGUACAAUAAAAUAUUAUAUUUA